AUGAAGGAGAUCUUGGAGGACUACGGCCUGCGAAUCAAGACGCGGAACACGCUCGUGCCCCCGAGGCUCAACUGGCUGCUUUCGGAGAAGCCAGAGACGCUCCCAGGACUAUCGAAGCACGAUUGGUACUUGCUAGGUGCGGGAUCCGACGCGCCUCUCAUAUGCGGCGGCUGA